CCUUCAAGCCGUAUUGGAAGGGAAAGAAAAACAAAACCUUGAAGCGCAGGUUCUUCGCGCCGCCGCGUUAUCUCCCUUCCAAACUCCGGCGAUAAAGUAACUGAACUCUAAUUCUCUCCGUUCUUGCAAAACUCACUCGCUAUGGCUCAAACCACCACAGAGGGAGCUUCCCAAGUGGUUGAAUCCGUUAGGUUUAGCUUCAUGACAGAGGAAGAUGUCCGAAAGCACAGUGUUCUUCAAGUUACAAAGCCCAUCUUGCUCGAUAACGUUGGGAGACCUGUCCCUGGUGGUCUCUAUGAUCCUCUUAUGGGUCCAAUGGAGGAUGAUAGAUCAAAGUGUAAAACGUGUGAUCAGCGCAAUUUAGAUUGCCCAGGACAUUGUGGGCGUAUCGAGCUUGUCCGUCCUAUCUACCACCCUUUGCUGUUCAAUCUCCUUUUCAUUUUUUUGCAGAGGACAUGUUUCUUCUGUCAUCACUUUAUGGUUAAAAAGGAAGUGGUUGCAAGAUGCGUCUCUCAGCUGAAACUCAUCAUGAAAGGUGAUGUGAUUGCCGCUAAGCAGCUCACUCUUAAACCCACCGAUUCAUCACCAGGGGAAUGUGAAGAUUCUGACAUGGGGAAGCAGAGAUGGACAUCUCUUCAGUUCGCUGAAGCCACUGACGUCAUCAAUCAGUUUCUUAGGUUGAAGUCAAGGAAGUGUGAGUCUUGCAAAGCAAAGCCUCCUAAACUAGAGAAGCCUAUUUUCGGAUGGGUUCGCUUGGAUGGUAUGUCAGCGAUCGACAUUGGAGCUAAUGUAAUGCGAGGGGUUAAGGCUAAGAAGUCCGCUAACAGUGGGGAAGAUUCCGAUGACGGUGAUGAGAGUGGUAUCAGUGGAUUACAUGAAGUUGAAGAUGGUGCUAAAAAGAAAAAAGGAAAGUCUUCGAAAGCAGCUAAAGACUAUGGAGAUCUCAAGAAGGCUUCUAAAAGAGACCUUUUACCGAUUGAGGUCAAGGAAAUCUUAGAAGGUUUGUGGGAUAAUGAGUAUGAGUUUUGCUCCUUCAUUGGUGAUCUUUGGAAGAGUGGAUCUGAAAAAAUGGACUAUUCUAUGUUCUUUUUGGGGAGUGUUCUUGUGCCUCCUACUAAAUUUAGAGCUCCAACAAAAGGAGGUGAUAGCGUUACGGAACAUGCUCACACCGCAGGGCUAAAUAAGGUCUUGGAAGCCAAUAUAGCCCUUGGAAAUGCCUGUACUAACAAAUUAGGUCUAUCCAAGAUAGUUUCCAUAUGGAUGAAUCUUCAAGAAACAGUCAAUGUCUUGUUUGAUAGCAAGACUGCCACAGUUAAAAGCCAAAGAGAGGGUACUGGAAUAUGUCAACUGCUGGAGAAGAAAGAGGGUCUGUUUCGGCAAAAGAUGAUGGGAAAGAGAGUGAAUCAUGCUUGCAGAUCUGUGAUAUCUCCAGAUCCUUUUAUCGCUGUCAAUGACAUUGGAAUUCCUCCUUGCUUUGCUUUGAAAUUGAGCUAUCCUGAGAGGGUGACUCCUUGGAAUGUUGAAAAGUUAAGGCAGGCUAUCAUUAAUGGUCCUGACGUUCACCCUGGAGCAACACACUACUCUGACAAAGUAUCUACAAUGAAGCUGCCUCCUACCAAAAAAGCACGAAUAGCAAUUGCAAGAAAGCUGCUGUCCUCACGAGGAGUCAAUACAGAACUUGGGAAAACUUGUGAUGUCAACUUUGAAUGUAAAACUGUAUAUCGGCAUAUGCAAGAUGGCGACGUCGUCCUUGUCAAUCGUCAGCCAACGUUACAUAAACCUAGUAUUAUGGCUCACAUUGUCCGUGUUCUCAAGGGGGAGAAAACACUUCGCCUCCACUAUGCAAAUUGCAGUACAUACAAUGCAGAUUUCGAUGGGGAUGAGAUGAAUGUCCAUUUUCCACAAGAUGAGAUUUCACGAUCUGAGGCUUACAAUAUUGUCAAUGCAAACAACCAAUAUGCCAGACCUUCUAAUGGUGAUCCACUUCGAGCUUUAAUUCAGGACCACAUUGUUAGUUCGGUUUUACUUACCAAAGGGGACACCUUUUUGGACAAAGAAGAAUUCAAUCAGCUUCUCUUCAGUUCCGGCGUGACUGACAUGGUACUCAGUUCUUUUUCCGGACGAUCUGGCAAAAAAGUCACACAAUCAGCUUCUAAUGCAGAGCUGUUGACUGUCACGCCUGCCAUUUUGAAACCAGUACCUCUUUGGACAGGAAAGCAGGUCAUCACGGCAGUGUUAAAUGAGAUAACCAAAGGUCAUCCUCCAUUCAGCGUAGAGAAAUCUACAAAACUUCCGGUUGACUUCUUCAAAUGUAGAUCAAGAGAAGCAAAAUCUAAAAGUGGAGAAUCCAGCAAAAAGAGGAAGAAGCAUGAUUUUAAUGAAGACAAACUGCUCAUCAGAAAAAAUGAAUUUGUCCGCGGUGUGAUUGACAAGGCUCAGUUUGCGGACUAUGGGUUGGUUCAUACAGUGCAUGAGCUCUACGGUCCAAAUGCUGCAGGAAACCUGCUUUCUGUUUUUAGUCGUCUCUUCACAGUCUUCCUUCAGACUCAAGGUUUCACCUGUGGAGUUGAUGAUCUUAUUAUUUUGAAAGAUGUGGAUGAAAAGAGGACGGAGCAACUUCGAGAAUGUGAAGGAGUUGGUGAAAAAGUACUCCGUAAGACCUUUGGCGUUGAUGCUAAUGCUCAGAUAGAUCCUCAGGACAUGAAAUCUAGAAUUGAGCGAGUUCUGUAUGAGGAUGGCGAACUUGCUUUGGCAUCUUUGGACAGGAGCGUUGUAAGUGAGCUCAACCAGUGUUCAGGCAAGGGGGUGAUGAACGAUUUGCUCUCGGAUGGGUUGUUGAAAACACCUGGAACGAAUUGUAUCUCUCUGAUGACAAUAUCUGGGGCUAAGGGUAGUAAGGUUAACUUCCAGCAAAUUUCUUCUCACCUUGGCCAGCAAGAUUUAGAAGGAAAAAGAGUUCCCCGAAUGGUUUCAGGGAAGACAUUACCUUGCUUCCAUCCAUGGGAUUGGUCACCUAGAGCUGGAGGUUUUAUUAGUGACAGAUUCCUUAGCGGUCUUCGCCCCCAAGAAUACUACUUUCAUUGUAUGGCUGGACGAGAAGGGUUAGUUGAUACUGCAGUGAAGACAUCACGUAGUGGGUAUCUGCAGAGAUGUUUGAUGAAAAAUCUUGAGAGCCUGAAAGUCAACUAUGAUUGCACAGUACGGGAUGCUGAUGGAUCCAUCAUUCAGUUCCAAUAUGGUGAAGAUGGCGUGGAUGUUCAUCGGUCUAGCUUCAUUGAAAAGUUCCAAGAAAUGACAUUAAAUCAAGAUAUGUUCCUUGAAAGAUGUAGCGAAGACAUGCUAUCUGGAUCCAGUAGCUACAUAACUGAUCUUCCUAUUACGCUUAAGAAGGGAGCUGAGAAGUUUGUAGAGGCAAUGCCUAUGAAAGAACGUAUUGCUUCUAAAAUGGUGAGACAAGAAGAUCUUCUGAAGCUAGUGAAGUCAAAAUUCUUUGCAAGUCUCGCCCAGCCAGGGGAGCCUGUGGGUGUACUUGCUGCACAAUCUGUAGGAGAGCCAUCAACACAGAUGACGUUGAAUACUUUCCAUCUUGCUGGACGUGGAGAGAUGAAUGUGACACUUGGUAUUCCACGUUUACAAGAGAUCUUGAUGACUGCUGCUGCAGACAUUAAGACACCCAUCAUGACCUGCCCGUUGCUGAAGGGCAAAACAAAUGAUGAUGCAAGUCAAAUCACUGAUAAGUUGAGGAAGAUUACCGUAGCAGAUAUUAUCAAGAGUAUGGAAGUGUCCGUCAUACCAUUUGCAGUUCAUGGGGGUGAAGUUUGCAGUAUUCACAAGCUUAAGAUCAAUCUAUACAAGCCAGAGCAUUAUCCAAAGCACACUGAUAUUACCGAAGAAGACUGGGAAGAGACAAUGACGGUCACGUUUCUGAGGAAGCUGGAAGACGCUAUAGAGACUCACAUGAAAAUGCUCUUGAGAAUCAGGGGCAUAAAGAUUGAGAAAGACAACGGUCCAAAAUCCGGAAACGAAACGGAUAAUGAUGAUUCCGAUAGUGGAAAGAAGACUGGAGGUGAUGAUGACGAUGAUGAUGAUGAGGGAGAGGAUACAGAGGCUGAUGAUCUUGGUGCAGAUGCACAGAAACGGAAGAAGCAAGCAACAGAUGAGCAGGAUUAUGAGGAGAGUGAUGACGAUGAGAAGAAUGAACCGUCUUCAGUUAGUGGAGUGGUUGACCCUGAGAUGGAUGAUGAUGAAGAUGAGGACGGAGAAGUUAGCAAGGAAGAUACCCCGGAGGAGGAUAAUGAAGAUACCUUGGAAGCGAAGAAAGAGGUGAAGAAUGUUCAACAAGAGAAUAAAAAAAAGAAGAGACAAAGAUUUGUCAGUGGUGAAAAAGACAGACACAUCUUUGCUGAAGGCAAAGGAAAGACAUUUGAGGUCCACUUCAAGUUUCAUAAAAAUGAGCCUCAUAUAUUACUUGCUCAGGUUGCUCAAAAAACAGCGCAGAAAGUUUACAUCCAGAACCUUGGGAAGAUCGAACGGUGCACGGUAGCCAACUGUGGUGAUCCUCAAGUGAUAUACUACGGAGACAAUCCAAAGGAGAGAGCAGAGAUCUCCAACGAAGAAAAGAAAGCCUCACCAGCUCUCCACGCAUCAGGAGUUGAUUUUGCUGGUCUCUGGGAGUUUCAAGACAAGCUUGACGUCAGGUACUUGUACAGCAACAGCAUCCACGACAUGCUAAACACUUUUGGAGUUGAAGCAGCUAGAGAGACGAUCAUCAGGGAGAUAAACCACGUUUUCAAAUCGUACGGUAUCUCAGUUAGCAUCAGGCACUUGAACCUCAUCGCGGAUUACAUGACGUUCUCUGGUGGGUACCGUCCAAUGAGCCGUAUGGGAGGAAUUGCAGAAUCAACUUCUCCGUUCUGCAGAAUGACGUUUGAGACAGCCACUAAGUUUAUUGUUCAAGCAGCUACUUAUGGAGAAGUGGAUAGGCUUGAAACUCCCUCAGCUAGAAUAUGUCUUGGCUUGCCCGCUCUUACGGGAACAGGUUGCUUCGACUUGUUGCAGAGAAUGGAUCUCUGAGAUGAUCCUAAAGUGGAGCCUACUGCCUAGUUUUUUCUCUAUUUUAUGUCUUCCUAUAAGUGGAUAGAUUCGCCUGCCGACAAUGGAGGAAUAGUUUGGAAGGAAAGAGCUGCAUCUUUGGUGACUUUUUUGAUCUUGAUUUGAUGUUUGUUUACUGACGGUAAUGCAUUAGGCCACUUUAUUUGUAUUUCUACCUAAUUUAUGUUUGGCACCUUUUGUUUUCUUAAAUUAUUUUGUGUCGGUUUUGGAUUGAUUAUGUGUCCUGAAAACUAUUGGAUGAUAAGUCUUAAUCUUA